AAAUUGACAAAAAAGACUUUUACUAACUCCCCCCAAAAGCUACGGUGAGAGUGAUUCCAAGAAGCAUAGGACUUUUACAUCUAUAUAAAAGCCCCAUUUUUCCUAACGAAAUCACUCAUUAAAUUCCCAUUACUUUAUAAUAUACAUCUCUUCCAAAGUCAUUUUCUUCAUCCACCCUUCUUCCCACGUUUACCAACUACAACAACAACAACAAAAAAAAAAUAAACUCCCUUAACAAUGGAAACCAACAAGAACAUGAAUCAAACAACCCCCACAACCAUGGAAUCCGAGUUCGAAGAUUUACUACCAGUGAUGGCAGAGAAACUUGAUGUAGAAGCCUUUGUAUCCGAACUCUGUAACGGUUUUAGGCUUCUAGCAGACCAAGAAACAGGUCUGAUAACAAGUGAGAGUCUUAGGAAAAACUCAGCGAUGCUUGGUAUGGAAGGAAUGAGUAAAGAAGAUGCAGAAGCUAUGGUUCAACAAGGUGAUCUUGAUGGUGAUGGAAACUUGAAUGAAACUGAGUUCUGUAUAUUGAUGGUUAGGCUUAGCCCUGAAAUUAUGCAAGAUGCUGAAACUUGGUUGGAGAAAGCUAUUGAGGAACAGCUAAGAAAUUGAAUCUUUGAGAUGAGUUUUGUUUUAUCCUUCUUGUGAUCAAUUCAAGUAAAAAAAAAUAUGUGGGAAAUUGUGUAACUCAUGUUUGUUCUAAAGGAUGUUUUUCCUGCAUUUUUUAGCUCAUUAUGUAAAUACUAUUAUUUUCUAGUUUAAUAAUCUUUAUCAAACACUUAUAUAAAUGGAUACAUAUAAACAUCUAUAGUAUAAAUGUUUAUGUAUUAAACCGAUA